CGUGGCAGCCCUCCUAGAUCCAACCCAACCGUUGACUUACGUUCAAAGGCCAUCACCCACCCCAGCACCAUCUUCCAGGAACUGGCCUCUCCCCCAUCAGUCCCCGCCCCUCUUCUGAGAGCACCCAAUGGGUGGAGUCGGGGCUGCGGUGGGAGGGGCCUGAGGCGGGCACAUUUAAAGAAAGGCAGCCGGCGAAAAGAGGCAAGAGAGGAGAAGAAAGAGAAACCAGGGGGGCGAGGCGCCGUCCAAUGACAAAGCCCAGGGGUGGGCGCCGGCCGCCAUCUUGUACCGGGCGGCAGGAUAUUCGCCCGCGUCCUCCGCCCUCGGAGGGGGAGGGGCGGCGGCGGAGGCGAGAAAAGUAGCGAGAGACGCCAGCAGCGGCCGCCGCCGCGGAGCCGACGCGGACUGGGACGGCGGCGGCAGUAGUGGGACCCGGCGAGCGCGAGCGGCCCCGAGCGGCCUUCGAUGCGGCGCAGCAUGAAGAGGCGGCGGCGCCGGCCCCCGGUCGCCCCGGCCGCGGCUGCCCGGGGCGGCGACUUCAGGGCAGAAGACGGGGCCGGGUUGGAGGCGCGGGAGGAAAAGGUGGUGUACUCGCGGUCGCAACUGUCGCUGGCUGACAGCACCAAGGCGCUGGGCGACGCCUUCAAGCUCUUCAUGCCCCGCAGCACGGAGUUCAUGAGCUCGGACGCGGAGCUCUGGAGCUUCCUCUGCAGCCUCAAGCACCAGUUCUCCCCGCACAUCCUGCGCAGCAAGGACGUCUACGGCUACUCCUCCUGCCGGGCCCUGGUGCCCGAUCCCCCGGGUCCCCCCACAGCCCGCGGCCAGGCGCGCCGGCCGGCUCCGCGCGCCGCGGCCAGGAGGAGGCGCCGCGGAGCCCGGGCGGCAGCUGCCCGCAGGAGGAAGCCCCGGUCACCACCCCCGCCGCCGCCGCCCCCCGAGGAGAGCUGCCCGGCCAAGCCCGUGGUCCCCGGGCCCUGCUUCGGGGGCCGCACCCUGGAGGAGAUCUGGAGGGCGGCCACCCCGACGCUGACCACCUUCCCCACCAUCCGCGUCGGCAGCGACGUGUGGGGCGAGCGCAGCCUGGCGGCGGCGCGGCGUAGGGCACGCCAGGUCUUGCGAGUGAACCUGGAACCCAUGGUGAGGCUCCGCCGCUUCCCGGUGCCCCGGGCGUGAGGCGCGGCCUCCAGGGCGCCUCCUGCCGGCCCCGACCGUGGGACAGAGCUUCCGCCCGGAGGAAUGAACAAGUGUCAGUCGAGUGUUUACAGAUCCGGCCAGGACCCCGGCCCCCAGUGCACUUUACGCGCGAAGAAGUCACCGGAUGGUUGUCCCUGUCCCGGGUCGCGGCGCCGUCGUCUUGGACGCCGGGGCAGGUGUGCCCUCUGCUGCCUCCCGCACCCGGCCUGCGGAGGGAGGGGACAGCUGGAUCCGCAGGGGAGGUCCCUUUCUUCCUGACCCCAGAUUGAGACGUCUCCAGGACCUUAGGGGCAGAUCCGUUUUCUCCCUGUUGGACUCUACCUCACUGGUCUGGAAGUCCUCCGAAGACAUUAUUUUUCCAAAGGAAUUUGGUUUCGUGCUUGUGUAAUAAAGCCAGAAUUUACUUUGCUCUUUAUCUCCCCCUUUUUCUGUUUCACUGCCACCCCUCUUUCCGGACAGAAGUUCGAACAUGUGGUGUUGCACUAGUUUGUGCUCAGGGUAUUCUGAAGCCCACUCGUUUCCUAAUUUUUACUGGAUUCCAAAGCUUUGAUCGAGGAUAUUUUUUAAGAGGUUCAAGCUUGUGACUGUUAGUAGUGCGAGGAUUUGUAUGGGCUCAGUGAUUACAAACAAAGACAUGCAAAAUACGACUGUUUAAACAUUUUCAAGGUGUUUUUAAAGGUUUUAUAUUGAAACUUAAUGUUUAUAUUUACUGAGCUCCUAAAAAUGGUAGAAUACACAUGAAAACUUUUGUUUAGGAAAAGUUAACUUGUUAAAUUCUUUUGAAUUGAAUAAAAAAAUGCAUUGAAACCAUAUGGCGUGUGAUUAAAAAAAUGAAUAAAUUGUGAAGAACUGGUUUUGGUUACAGGAGUCACUGGAAUCCGACUAGAGAUGAUUUGGCCCCCUGUCCUGGUCUAACAUACAAAUCCAGGAAUAUUAUGCAUUAAAGUAUUUUAAAAUACAUUAUCCUUGUAAAAUACAAGGAUUUUACAAUACUUGUAUUUUACAAGGAUAAUGUAUUUUAAAAUACGAGUUGCAUAGGAGAGAUGCAUGUGUGUAAACAUUAUGACUAAAAUGAUAAACAGAAUACCCAUUAGAAUUCUUAGAGCUAUUAAUGAUCAAGAGGGGUGGAGGCAUUUCUUGGUAUCAAAUAACUGGUUGAGGUUACUUUGGGCGAAAUCUAUUUCCUUUUUGUUUUUGUUGUUGGAUAACAAGAAAUGUCUAGAUUAAUACUCAUCAGUCUUACAAACAUAAUGAAAAUUAGUUGACUUUUAGUUGACUUUUUUGUCCCAACUUUUUUUUAACCUUCUUGCCACUCAUUAUAUGUUUGCAGUUCUAGGUCUUUGACAGCUGAAGACCGCAGGAAUCAAACAGGCGAGCCACACAGAAUACUGACCCUUCUUUAUGCUUUUAUAGUGUUUAUACCAUAUGGCCCAGUGUGAAAUUCUUGAUUAUCCAAGUGCCUUUGGUCAUUUGUGGCAGGAAAACUUAAUAGUUUUUUAGCCAGCAGUGCCACAGCCAGCUUUUACUGCAAUACCUAAAGGGUCAAGGAGUGUUUUUGUACCACUAUUAUUUCAAAUUUAAGUAUUCUGCCAUGAAACGAUCCAUACUGGGCUGGAACUUGACAUGUGAAAUGUUUAAUACUAAAACUUAUCUCUGCUUGGCAGCUUCUUAGGAAAAUAAUGAGAGUUGCAAUUUUGACUCUUGUGUUCCUAGAAUUCAAAUGGCAUAGCUUUCUGAAAUGAGUAUUUCAAGUUUAGUAGUCCAUAUAGGAGUGUUGUGACUUUAAUUUCAGUGUUCUUGUUUUCUUAAAAAAUUAUAUAUAUAUAUACACACACAUAUAUAACUUGAUGCCAGUUUUCUAGUAAGCCUCAGUCUUUUAUUCACUACUCAAUGAUAAUGCAUUGUACAAACACUGUCACAUGAGUAAAUAAAAAUGAAUAAUUCCUUAGAAGAUGGAGAGUGUUAAAUUAUAUUUGUGAUAGGAAGCUUAGACUAUUCUUUUGGUUAUUAGCUUCCAUUGCCAAUUGUAUUUCAGAUGCAUAGGGUUUUCUUCCUAAAAAUACAUUGUUAACUUUUAUAGCUAACUAGCACCUGGGAAAAAUGUAUUUGUACAACUUCACUAUUGUAUAUAGUUUUAUAAUAAUUAAAGAUAAACCCAAUGGCCAUAUUAGAAUGCAAUUUCAACAUAUAGCUUAUCUAGAUAGUUUUCCAGAGGAUUUUGAAAUGUGGCUUAACUGGGAGGAUAACUGCUCAGCACACAAGUGAAACAUAACCAAUGACACCAUUCAUUUAUUUUAACGGAGAUUCUUGACAUUUUUCUCUCCUAUGCCUUGUUACUUUAGCAUACUUGAACUCACAUAAAUGCUUCUUUGGAUUACUUGGGCUAUCUGAUUCCAUUUUGGAUCUGAUUAUCCAUCUUGAAUUCAAUAAUGGUAUUCAUUUGGGCUAUUAAAAAAUUAUGCCAUUUCUAGUCUGUGAAAUAAGAUGUAAAAAAUCUUUAUUUUUGCCCUUUCCUUUGGUUAAAACCUAUGUUACAACUUUUAAAAUGUGAAGCAACAUCUAAUGUAGUUGACUGGUAUACUAAUAGGAAAGUGAAAGUAUUUCAUGGGUACUUUGUCGCAGAAUGUGAAAAGAAACUUGGCAUAGUGGCCUUUAUGAUGAGGCAUCCACUUACUGUCCUCUAAAGUGAAGUCUGUAGCUUAGCUUGUGUAUAGUUUUUGAAAGAAAUCUCAUGAUCUUCGUUCAUUCUCUUGCCUUCUCUUUUAUCUUAUAUGGCACAAGUAGAGGGGGAAGCCAGGAGGAAAUUCAUCACCUUGCUAUGCUUUUAUUUGAUUUUUAAUUCCCGAGUGCCUAAAUGUGGUGACUGGCACCUCACAUAACUUUUUGAGAUUCCUGAUGUCAUUUUUAUCCUUCCUGUCAACCAGCAAUGUAUUUUUAUGUUACUAAAACCAGUAAUGUCGUAAUUGUUGAGGGCAAGCUUCAUUGUUGAUAGUGCAAAGUGUCGUUGUUGUGAUGUGUAUUUAUUUUAUUCAAGUUUGAAUAUUGACAAGUGUAACUUAAGCUGGUGACUGACACCUAUUGAUCUGCUGUGUGCAAAUGAUAGUACUAUUUUUUAGAAAACUCUUCAGUAAAUUUUAAAAAUAUUUGAAUACAAAAUAUCUGAGCAAUUUUGAACUCAAAAGUUUUUCAUUGUUUUAAGGAUUGCGACAGGACUCUAAUGGUUUUUAAUGGACGCAUAUGCCUAAUAUUUACUUUAUUGGUGUGUUUAAAAUAUUUUUUGAUAGACUAUUAUGUCUUAAAUGCUUUAGAAAACAAUUGUUUGUAAUGGACUCAAAGUGUUUCCCUGGACAGUUUGAUGUACUUAUGGUUGAGAUUUAUAAUCUGCUUGUACUUUGCUUUUUAACUUAUUAAUUGUAAAUAAAUUUUAGAGAAUACA